AUAACAUGUUAAUCUUGGCUGGAAUGAAACUUAAAGACUUAUCAGAAUAAGCUUAAGAUCCUUAACCAAAUGUAAAGCAUUUAGAUGUUUCGGUAAGACUUUUUAUAACUUUAGAGUAAUCUCUUAAAAUCUGGAAAAGAAUUUAUUAUGUUUAUUCCUAAUUUAGAAACCUUAAUCAUAGAUAAUAAUUAUUUUUUCAGAUUAGAUGAUUUUCCUAUUUUACCUAAUUUAAUCACACUUAGUGCAAAUAAAAACAAUUUCAAUAAUUUUGAUAUGUAAUUAAAUAUAUAAUCAAAGGUUUAUCCAAUAAUGUAAAGAAAAGUUUCCUAAGUUAACACAUCUCAGUUUAAUUAAAAAUCCUAUAUGUCCUAUGUUUACAUAGGGAGAAGAAGAAUAUAUUCAGUAUUUAUAUAUUGUCAUCAAUAGAUAUCGAAUAAAACUCAUAAAAGAAUUACCUUAAUUAAAAAAUUUAGAUGGUACACCUGUUAAUCCACAAGAAGCAGAUCCUAAUUAUUGGAAAUAAAAAUAAUAAAUUUAAUAAUAGGAAAUAAAUAAUGUAUUAAAUUUCUAAUAUUGUUUGUAGAAUAUCAAUGAAUAAAAAAAAGGAACAAUUGAUUAUAAUACUAAAUAUUAAAAACCUGGUAGUAAAACAGUUAAAACUAAAAGUGAAGGAAAUAGAUUUGUGAAAAAUACACAUUUAUGA